CCCUAUGUUCGUGUUAAAAAGAUAAUUACGCGAUUUUUUGUCGGCUUACACGAUUUAAUAGCCACAAGAGAAAAUACUUAUUGGGCGAUGAUUGUUGAGCCCAAAUAUUACUUUUUUGUUGGUGAGCCGAAAUACUACUAAUUGGGCUAAAUUCGGGUUUUAAUUAAUGUCAGUAACCUCCACGGACCACUGCGGUAACCGACACGUCGUCCGUGUUUCUUAGUUUGGGCGGCAAAUUUGCAGAACCGGCUCUGUCUUCUCUACCUUCUUUCAGUUCUGUAACAAUGGUGGAUGUGAGAUUCUUUUUCGUCUCCUUAAUCAUCUUCUUCUUCAUCGUCUUUUCUACAGUUUCUCAGUCACCAGACCAAACCAUGGAGAAGAAAUCUCUUAGAGUUCUCUCGAAGACACUCAUCGGCGAUGAUGGCAGAGUCUACGCUUGCUCCGACAACGAUUUCUUCUCCUUCGAGUCUAACGGUUCAAUCGCUUGGUCGGUACACAUGGAUUUUAAAUGUAACACCGGUUUCUCCCCGGUUUAUUCAGGUUUUAACCAGAUGCUCGUUCUUACAGAGAACCGAAUCCUGAGAAUUGAUUUCCCAAGAAACGGAACCAAAUCUGAACCGGAAACGUUCUUCGACCCCGGCGAAACGAUUCUCGGUUUCGCGGUUAGCAUAUCGAGUUCUUCGGUUUACAUCACGGUCAAGGACCAUGGUCUCUACGCUUACAAUAUGCUUCGGCAGCAACUCUGGAUCGCAGAGCCUAAAACCGAACGGUUCGGUUACAGAUUAGGUUGUCAAAAAGAUUACGAAAACUGUAAAUUCGAUUCUGGACCGGUUAUUGAUUCUUGCGAAGCAAGCAUCUACAUUUCAAACAAUGAAGGAGAACUCUACUCGUUAUCUCUCCGUGGCACUUACAACCAAUGGAUUCAAGAUUUGAGUGUUAUAGACCGGUUCUUCACCGUUACACCUGGGAACAACGGUCUAGUAUACGUUGUCUUCCCAACAAAAUCUCUAGUUUUCGCAUUAGAUUCUUUCUCCGGUAACAUUCUUUGGCAAAAAACCGUCGGUCCACUCUCAGAAAGUUCCGGUUCACUCCCUGUCAUAGACACAAACAGUUGGGUUUCGAUUGGUUCGCUUGAUGGAACAUUGUACUCGUUUUCAAGAACAGGGGAGCUUCAUAAGACACCAGAAAACGUAGAAACAGAUUCAAUGAUCCAAGUAGAGCCGUUACUGGAUUGCUCUGGCAACGCGGUUUAUGUUUCUCAGACAAAGCUAGAAGGAAAGACCGAUCAAGUCAUUGGUGAUAGUACUUUCGUGUCAGCCAAGAAACCAGAAACCGCGGUUUUUUCACUUGUGGUUCCGGAGACUAGAUCUAUCCACUGGUCUCAUAGUUAUUCUGAUCAAUCUCCGAGUUUGUUACUUGACGAAGAUCUACAACAUUUUGUGUUGGACGAGAGGAUUGUUCUUGCGUUCAUUGCAGCUUCUAACUCUGGAAACCCAUUUAGAUGUCGUUCUAAACACGACAAACUGUCGUCUAGCUGUUCAUUUGCAGAACCAGAGCAUCUUGAUAUCUACAUUGGUAAUGAAAGAACGAUAAUUUGGUUUCUACUGUUCGAGUUUGUGAUCAUUGUCCUCUUUGCCGCGCUUGUGAGGUUCUGUUUUAUGUUUUGGAAGAAACAAAAGCUUCAAGGUCGUCCCUUCAGUGCCUUUCUGGACAAGCGACGUUUGUUGCACAGAAAGAGGAGAGAAAUCGAUAGAACCAUAACAAGACUUCAAAACGAAUCAACGGCAGAUGAAUUCUCCGUGGAUAAAAUCAAUGAUUUGGUUCAAGAGAGGGAAAACGUGAAGAGGAAACUCUCUUCAACCUAUAGUCUUGGGAGGGACAUAGAUGCAUCGUCAAAGUCAAAAGAUCAUGUUCUUCCCUUGUACAGGGGAGGUUCUAGAAGCUUAUCUUUUAGAAAUAGGAAGAACGAGAGUAUCACGAUUUUUGAAACACAUCGCCAUGAAUCAUCAUCCUCAGAAGAGAGCUAUAGGGACCAACACUAUGAUGAUGAUGAUGAUGGUGUUGCGGAUGACGAAAAUGAUGAAGGCGACUUGAAACGCAAGCAAAAGGGAAAGUUCCAUGCUCAUUCAGAGGGUUCUUCUAGUGAUGAUGGUGAUGAUGAAUCGUGUGGUAUUGCAAGUAGUAGAAGAAGCACAUAUUUGAAGAAGAGGUCGUUAUCUUUUAGGGAUUGAAUAUUCAUAUUGUGUGAUUUGUAGUUUUAUAUCUAUAACAAAACAAAAAUAUUUAUAGCUAUAAUUCUUUAAAUACUGAUGAGAUAAUAUGUAAAUCAUUGCAUAAUGUAAAAUAUUUGUUUAAAAAUAGCCAAAGAUGGAUUGAGGUCACUGUAUAUACAAUUUGGUAGAAGAUUACAAAACUAAACCAAGCAAACCGGUUUUAACCCUACCUAACACCACUCUCCCCUCACUUGAUUAGUUGUCCACAUGCACACACAUACACACACGCAUGGCAAGUGGAUACAUAACAUUUGAACUUGGAAUUGUCUAAAAACUUGUUUAUUUUGGGAUCAAUCAUGCCAACAAAGGAGCAUGACUACGCAUCUUCUAAUGAUGUAAACCCUUCCCUUCUGUUCUUUCAUAUACUUCCCCAAUCUUCUACUUAUUGAUCUCUUCUUUUCCUUUGAUCUCUCUGAGCUUCUUACGACCCUCUCCAUUUCCAUUUUUCAGGCUUCUAUAUAACAAUGGUUGAACAGAAGUCGUCACUGGUGACUGCUGAGAAUGAAAUGAUACUUGUUUGGUCUCUUUAGGAGUAAGCUACAAAGCAGAAUUGUUUUUUUUGUAGUUUUAGACUGAUAGAGAAGAAAGAGUUUUGAUAGAAGAGGACUGGUUUUGAAGUAGACUUAACUUGUGGAGGAGUGUGUGUAUAUAUGGACAGAACUUGUGGCAUGCAUGCUUAGUUACAUUAUCAACUAAAAUUAUACAUAUCCAACUUAGAAAAUAUAUUAAUGACUUCAUAAAAAAUCAUAAACACACACACCUAUGAUAAAACAGAUAAAAUAUAUAUCCAUGACUUCAUAAAACCCAACAAAAUUGAAACUUGAGCUUAUUACUUUAAGUUUUGUCAAUCGAUCCUAAACUAAUACUGUUAUCAAAAUAAGUGCAUGUAAAACACAAUCCCAUAUGUUUUUUCUCGUGUUCCACCAUGCAAUCAAGCAUAACUUGAACCUGGCCUUGCUUCAUAGUUUCCACUUAAACCAUACAACUCAGAAAUAGUAUUUCUUUGGUAACCAAUUUAAUUAGUCACAUUUUAUGGUAACCAACGCAUAAAAUACGGGGAACUGUUUAAUCAAUGGUCACCAUACACUAGUUAUGUUUUCCAUGUGUGUGUUUCAAGACAAAUGACUUUAUGAUUUGCGGAUGAAAACACAUUAAAUUUGUACUUUAAUUUCUUUCAUAUGUACGAAUCAGCAGGUAUAAUUUUCUUUUAGUAUGCGAGUCCAGAUUAUGUGGACAUAUCUCAAUUAGAUGUUACGUAUGCGGGGUUAUCUCUUUUUCAGAUUUUUGUUGAGAAAUAUUUUUAUUUAUUUAAUGGAUCAAUCUGGUUUACGUUUAAACUCCAUCAAUAUUCAAGAUUCCAUUUGAAUUUUAUAAUAAAAAUAAACCAGCAAACACAUUUUAAUCUCAGUAUGUUACUAGAAAUGAUCAAUAAUGCAAUGUUAUUGGCCGACAAAAACAAUGCUUUUGAAGCGAACAAAGUAACUUAACAGAGACAAGUCCUGAAAUGGUAGCAAAGGAAGAUGUGGAGCCACAACACGUGAUAUUCGCGUGACUGCAUGCUUACUGUUUGGCAUAAUCCAGACAACCUUUGUUUAUCUUGUCUCCUGACUAAUACUGAUGUGAUUAAUUUUCUUAUUGAUGUUUUGUUCCAAAAUAAUCUAUUAUAUUAUAUUAUAUUAAAACAGAAGUUAUGACUUCUUUUAUAUGGAUAUUUUAAAAUGGAUUAUCCUCUUGAAUGUUUAUCAAAUUUUACAUAAUUUAAUUAUCAUAUCUUUUAACCUUUUUAUCUUACAUAAUGUAAUUAUCAAAUUUUCAGAAACAUUUUAAAUUUUAUUUUCGAAAAUAAAUUAAUUUAAAUUUUAACUAUUACAAAAUAUAAUUAUAAUUUCAAAUUAAAUUUAUUUUUGUUUUAUGAAUGAAAAAAAUCAUAUAAAAUAUUUUAAUUAUAUUUUAAUGAUAGGCAAAUAUUUAAAUUAAUUAAUUUUCUGAAAUACAUUUUAUAAAGAUGUUAAGAAGAUUUUGUUAGAAAAAAUAUCCAUUUCUAUUGCAAAUAAAAUGAAAUAAAAUAAAAAUAUAUCAUCCAACUUUAUGUAUUUCAGGUAAUUUUUCAAAUAAAAUUUUUACUACAAAAUAAUUUUGCAUGUACAGUAUAUUAUAGUUUUUUAAAAACUAUAUUGUUUGUUGUUCUUAAUAAUAUUUCAAAAUAUUUCUUCUCUAUUAUGUAGAUCCAAUUUAAUUUGACUUCCACAUACAUUUUGAAUUUAGAUAAAAUUAAUAAUUAUAUAAUAUAGUAUUGUUACAUAAUAAUAUUCUCAAAAUAAAAUUUGUUACAAAAUUUAUAGUAAUAACAAUAUAAGCUACUUAAAUUAUGGAUAUUAUAGAGUUAUAUAAUACAUAUAAAUUACAUUAAUUUAGUGAUAAAUUUUAUUAUAUAAACUAAAAUAUUUUAGUAUACAAAGUAAAAAUCCGCAUGGAUCCGCGAAUCAAAAUCUAGUUAUGUAACAGUGAACUUGAACAUAAUUUUAGUAUCAUUAUGCAGUAUCUUUGCCUUGGAUUAAUCAAAGAUUAUGUCCGUAAUUAAAAACACUGUACGGUUCAACGCAUCAAGUACUAGUUUCGAUCCUGUAAUACAAGUUUGGUUUACUAAUCAUGAUUAUAGACUUUAUAGUAGGGUGAUUAGUUUCUGUUUUAUGAAGCAUCUGAUAUCUUGGAAUUAGUGAUUUUAUUUUGGACCCCUCGUGUAUAUUGAUACCAACCUUGUUAUAUAUUCCUCUCUUAUUAUUAACUACAGGACUUGUUAUGUGAUAAAUGUUUACAUCUACAGUAUAAUAUGAACAAUUUUAGAGAAACAGAAACGUUGAUUUAGAAUUUGUUCAUACAUAAUACUUCAAUGAUGUUUAUAUAUUUCAUGGGCCUAUAGAAAACUAAUAUACAUCAAUGUUUCGAUUAGCUACACGUACUGAGAAAUUAUUCAGAAACUAGUAACAGUCGAAAUCUAAUCCCACAAAACUAACUCCUACUCCAUUGAUUGGCACAUUGGUUGUCAUGCGAUCAAAAUUACUAAUAAUAAAAUUCUAAUCACAUCUCAUAAUUAUGUUAUCAAAAUUACUUAUACAGUUAUACUCAAAUCCUUAUCCCAUAUGGUUACAUCGGUGUAAAAUAUUGAAUUGCAGGGAACCUUUCCUCCAAUCGAACUCUUACUUAUUGGGCUUUUAUGGGCUCUAGGUGUCAUAAUAGAUGUGACCCAUACUUUCCUUUUUGAACAACCGCAUAUUAAAGUCUGAAUGAAUUUGCUUUAACAAAGAUAUAUUAUGGGGAUAUUAUAGUAUCCAAUUAUUAAAAAUAAAAAAAAAAUAUUAAAGGGAGAAGAGAGAAAAGGUGAAAAAAAAGUAGAAGAUUUAGAACUUCAUACUAACUUCAUUGUCCAAAUGUCAAUCAUUUACUAGUUUGAUUUUAAAAACAAAAACAAAUUUAAUUAAAUAAUUUAAUUUUAUUAAAAAAUUUUUUUUGUUAUUUAAGAAUUCCAUGUGGAUUGACAACGUUAAAGAGGCUCUAAUAAUUUAGUUUUUCAUACAUAUAUAUAUAUAUAUAUAUAUAUAUAUAUUUCUAUUAAAUAUGAAAAUUAUUUUAUUAAACCUUUCUUAGUUUUAUAAUAUAAAAUAAAUUGAAUAUUCUAAACAAAUACAAAUCUGUUAUUAUUUUAACUAAAGUGAAUUAAAAUGUUAAUCAGCCUAUAUACAUAUGUUAUAUUCAAUCAUCCACAAGACUUUUCAAAAUCUUCAUGGGGUCAAACAAAUAAGUUUUCAUGUGGUAUGUACUUCUGUAAUCACAACCGGUCUUAAUCCCCACACACUAUGCAAUAGUUUACGGUAUUUAUUUUUCAAAAAAUUAUAAAGUAAAACGAUUUUUUUUUUCUCUAACUUGCCGUUUUUAGAUUCGAUUCUUCCUAUUAAAUCUAAUUUUGUUAUCACAUUGGAUAUGAUAAUAUUGAGUGCCUUAAUUUUAUGAAGUGUCUUUUUGUUACAAAACGUUUUUAAAAUGCCCCCAUAUCACUUAGUAUUUUAUGAAUAUCGACAGUUUUUAAAGACUUAUAAAUGGGAUAAAUAAAAUAAAUUUCACAUGGAAAUGUACUACCUCCUGCAAUAAAUCUAGUUUUAUGACUUUAUCACAUUGGAAAAGCGGUUCGUAACUACCAUACUGCAUAGGAAAAAAGAGAAACAGUCAUGAUUAGUACUGCAAAACACCAAAAGAAGAAACAAUCGACUCAAAUUUGAAUUCGUGGGUAAAAGUUUAUAGAGAUGAACAGAAAAAUAGACAAAAUAAAAGACAAGAAGUGAGAUGAUAAAUAAUUAUAAUUUAAAAAAAUAGGAAAAUAAAUAAUACAGAAAAUACCCUGCACGAAUAAAAAGAAAAGACAAAGAUUUGAUAUUAAUGAAUCAUUUUUCCAUAUUACACCAGUCACAGGUGAUGCCUACAUUUGCAUGCAUCGUUUGCUCCCACCACAAUCAUUAGUUUCUAUUAUGGGCCCCUUGCUAAGUUGCAUAACCGGUCCAACCCGAAUAAGCUGUACUCGGUCGGUUUUUAUAUUCCUGCAAUCCAAAAAUUUGAAACCACUAUUUAUAUCUAUAUCUGCAACAUGUCAAUCUUUGGAACGUUUGAUGCUUUAAUCUUAAUGCUUUAAUGUUUUUACUUGGUUUUGGCUUGAAUACUUCUACUCUCAAGGUUCAGCGAUCGUAUUCAAUCCAAAGAUCAUAGUAAACAUUUAUCAUCACGUUUACAACCAUGAUGAAAAAUAUAUACAUCAAAUUUCAAUCCAAAGAUCAUAUUAAACAUUUAUCAUCACGUUUACAACCAUGAUGAAAAAUAUAUACAUCAAAAACAAAC